AUUCUACUGUCAAAAUUCUUUUGACUUUCGACGAGAUUGGUUUGGUGUCAAGUGCGCAAUAUUAAACAUUGUUUAAAAGAAACCAAUGUAAACAUAAAUUUAUUAGGCCAAUUUCGACGUGAAUUGAAAGCGUAACUGAUUUUCUUGCGCUGGAGCUGUGCAUGAAAAGAGACAAAAGAAAGAUAGUUCAUAGAACAGUGUUAAUAUUUUGUAAAAAUCAUAUAAACAGUUUUUAACUGUUGCUGUGACAAUGUUUAAAUUGGCCCAAAAGUUUUUACCGCAACAGCGGCUUUUAAAUGGUUCCAAGAAUGCUUUAAGUCUACGUCGGAUGAUAUCAACAAGCGAUGAAGUUAAAUCCGUAGACACUAUUGGCGGAUUGCCAUCCGAGAUUGUUAACGAACAGAAACUAAAGAAGACAACCAGAACAUUAUCUACCCUACAAAAUCAUUCGGUGCCAAUUGCAGCUCGAGUCACGGUGUCAAAAGAUGAAAGCCGCGAUUUUAUGUCUGUAUUUCCGGACGUCGUGCGUGAUCUGACAAAUGCGACAAAGUCCUAUAAUUGCAAUGAUGCUGCCAAAUGGUUUGCUCAGGUCUUGCAAUAUAACGUUCCUCGGGGCAAGAAGAAUCGUGGCAUCCUGACGGUACUUACCUAUAAAAAUCUAGUGCGUUCUGAGGACUUGACACCGGAGAACAUUAAGCUGGCCCAAUAUUUGGGUUGGUGUGUGGAAAUGCUCCAAAGUUUCUUCAUUAUCUCGGACGACGUAAUGGACAACAGCACAACUCGAAGGGGUCAGAAAUGUUGGCAUAAGGUGGAAAAUGUUGGACUCACAGCCAUCAACGAUGCCCUGAUGAUUGAAAAUGCCUUAUAUUCAUUAUUGAAACAACAUUUUAGUCACUUGGAUUGUUAUGUGGCUCUAAUGGAACUGUUUCAUGAGAUUGCAUUCAUCACAACCUGUGGACAGUCUUUGGAUUUACUCAAUUCAAACAAACGUGUCUCGGACUUUACAAUGGAAAACUAUAAAGCAAUUGUGGACAACAAAACUGCAUACUAUUCCUUCUACCUGCCCUUCGCCCUUGCCAUGCAUUUAGCCGGCUACAAAGAUGCCGAGGCAUUUAGACAGUCCAAGACAAUACUGCUCGAGAUGGGACACUUUUUCCAAGUGCAGGACGACUUUCUUGACUGUUUUGGCAACCCGGAGGUAACCGGUAAAAUAGGCACCGAUAUCCAGGACAACAAAUGCUCCUGGCUCGCUGUUGUGGCCAUGCAGCGUGCGAAUGCCGAACAAAAGCAAAUUAUGAUAGACUGCUAUGGACAGAAUGAUCCCCUUAAGGUUGAACGCGUCAAGGAGCUGUACAAGGAGCUUAGUCUGCCCUCUACAUAUGCCAUAUUCGAGGAGGAAUCCUACAAUAUGAUCAAAACACACAUACAACAAACAUCCCGGGGUGUUCCACAUCAAACCUUCUUACAGAUUCUAAACAAAAUCUAUCAACGUGACUCUUAAACUUGACAAAUCACAAAUGGAACAGCUACUUAACUAAGUAAUAUUGUAGUGUAGUAUUUAACAGAAUUGUAUGCGUGUAUUAUUGGUGUGUUAAUGAAGUACAAUGGACCUUAUAUACUUUGGAAA